AUGGAUGUGUUGAAGAGAGAAAAUGAAUCGGACAAGUUUACUAAAAUAGAGACUGAGUCUACAACGAUACCAACCGGGUCAGAUAGGUCUGACUCGUUACUUAGGAGAGUGAAGGACUCAUUCAAGCAAAGCAAUUUGCAUGUUAUACCAGAAGACCUUGAGAACAGUGAGCAAACGGAGCAGGAGAAAAUUCAAUGGAAAUUAGCUUCUCAGCCCUAUCAGAAGGUCUUGAGCCAAAGACACCUGACCAUGAUUGCUAUAGGAGGUACUCUAGGGACAGGUCUUUUCAUCGGUUUGGGCUACUCUUUGGCGUCUGGACCCGCAGCUUUGCUGAUUGGUUUUUUAUUAGUUGGCACCUCUAUGUUUUGUGUCGUUCAAAGCGCUGCAGAACUCUCCUGCCAGUUCCCGGUUUCUGGUUCUUAUGCCACUCAUGUUAGUAGGUUCAUGGAUGAAUCGAUUGGGUUUACUGUGGCCACCAACUAUGCCCUGGCUUGGUUGAUUUCCUUUCCGAGCGAGUUAAUUGGUUGUUCGCUUACAAUCUCUUAUUGGAACACAAGUGUAAACCCAGCUGUUUGGGUGGCGAUUUUCUAUGUUUUCAUCAUGGUUUUGAACAUGUUUGGCGUCAAGGGUUUCGCUGAGACUGAAUUUGCCCUGUCAAUCAUCAAAGUUGUUGCUAUUAUUAUCUUUAUCAUUAUUGGUAUUGUGCUGAUCGCCGGAGGAGGACCUAAUUCUACCGGAUACAUUGGCACUAAAUACUGGCAUGAUCCAGGUGCCUUUGCUAAGCCAGUUUUCAAGAAUCUAUGUAACACCUUUGUUUCCGCAGCCUUUUCAUUCGGUGGCAGUGAAUUGGUGCUGUUAACUAGUACAGAAUCUAAGAACAUCUCUGCCAUAUCCCGUGCUGCCAAAGGUACGUUCUGGAGAAUCGCAAUUUUUUACAUCACGACGGUCGUCAUUAUAGGUUGUCUAGUGCCUUACAAUGAUAGUAGGCUGCUCAAUGGUUCGACAAGUGAAGAUAUUUCAGCUUCUCCCUUUGUCAUUGCCCUGAGUAAUACAGGAUCGAUGGGUGCAAAAGUUUCUAACUUCAUGAAUGUUGUUAUUCUUGUUGCAGUGGUUUCCGUGUGUAAUUCGUGCGUCUAUGCCUCGUCAAGACUAAUUCAAGCUCUAGGUGCAUCUGGCCAGCUUCCAUCAAUUUGUUCCUACAUGGACAGAAAGGGGAGGCCUUUAGUUGGUAUCGCGAUUAGCGGUGUAUUCGGCCUUCUAGGUUUCUUGGUCGCUUCAAACAAGGAAGACGAAGUCUUUACAUGGCUCUUCGCUCUGUGUUCCAUUUCAUCUUUUUUUACUUGGUUUUGUAUUUGUAUGUCGCAAAUAAGAUUUAGAAUGGCAUUGAAAGCCCAAGGAAGAUCCAAGGAUGAAAUAGCCUACAAAUCUAUGCUAGGUGUCUACGGGGGGGUUCUAGGAUGCGUGCUAAAUGCUUUGUUGAUAGCUGGUGAGAUAUAUGUGUCAGCCGCCCCAGUCGGUAGUCCCAGCUCCGCCAAAGCUUUCUUCGAGUAUUGUCUAAGUAUUCCGAUUAUGAUUGUUGUUUAUGUCGCACACAGGAUUUAUCGAAAAGAUUGGAGAAAUUGGUAUAUCAAGAGGAGUGAUAUUGAUCUUGAUACCGGUUGUUCCAUCGAAAAUCUGGACCUUUUCAAGGCACAAAAAGAGGCAGAAAAAGAACUCAUUGCUUCAAAACCAUUCUACUACAAGAUUUACAGAUUUUGGUGUUAG